AUAAACAAAGAUUGCAAAAGUGUACAUCGUUUCCAGCAACCAGGCGCAGUGCGAUUUUUGUGAAAUUCUGCUGAUAUAAUGGACACCAUAGAAUCCCAACUGGCGGUGCGAAACAAAUGCGAACAGAUGCAGAAAUCUAUCAAAGAGCUGUACGAAUGGGAAGAGCAAAUGAAAAGCGCCAACAUCGCCAAAGUACAGCCAGCUGAUAAUAGUGAGAAGAAAGCUCUACCCCCGGUGCGAAGCGACGUGAAGGCAAUGAGCAAAUUUUCCGAGGACGUUGCGUCGCUGGAAAAACAAGAUGAAGCGGAGAGCGAAUCAGCGAAGAAAAAAAUGUUGGCCGAUGCGGAAAUUCUGAAAGAGAGGGGUAAUAAGCAGUGCAAGCUUGGCAACUACCAGGAAGCCAUUGAGCUCUAUACGCAGGCCAUCGAAACAUACGGCGAUAAUGCGGCCUACUACAGCAACCGUGCGCUGUGUUACAUGAAUUUGGAUCUUUUUGAUGAGUGUCUGGCUGACUGUAGCACCUCGAUUGAAAAGGAUCCCAAAUACGUCAAGGCGUACUACCGCCGGAUGCAGGCUUACGAGCGGUUGGGGGAAAGCGAAAAGGCGGCUGCCGAAUGCCGACAAAUACUGCAAUUAUCGCAGGAUGAAAGUGAGCUGAACGCGACCAAGCGAGAUUUAGCCCGAAUAGAGAAGCGCCUAAGCGAUGCCAACAGUCAGAAGGGAGCUUCUUCGCCGGGCAAGGAAAAGCCACCGAAGGGGGCGAAGAUGGAUCCAAUGCUGGCAUUGGUGAAGCAGGAAGCGGACAAGUACAAGGAGCUGGGCAACAAGCAUCUCGCACGCAAGGACUUUGAAAAGGCGGAACGAAGCUACAGCAAAGCAAUCUCUCUGUUUGGCGACGAGGCCAUUUACUACACAAAUCGCAGUCUCUGCUACUGGAAUCUGAAAGAUUACGACAAAUGUUUGGCCGACUGCAACAAGGCAAUACAGCUGGACGAAAGCUACUUCCGGCCGUAUUACCGCCGUAUGCAGGUGCGCGAACUUCGCGGCGCUUACCAGAGUGCGGUCGAGGACUGUCGUAAGUUUAUCGAGCUCACCAAGGACGAUAAACAGAAGCAGACGGCCGAGAAGGACCUGCAGCGGCUGGAGAGGCUGGUCAAGAGCGAGCAACCCGCCAAACAGGCGUUCGUUUGGAGUGAAAUCAAGAAAAAUGCCAAACUGAUCAAGUUCAUUCAGAAGCCACCGCACCUUCGAUCGAAAAAGCCACUAACCCGGAUACCCAUCAAGGACGUCAUUCCGUGUCCGAUUGCGAUCGACAGCCGAGUUCUUCCCCCACCCUCGCAGCGCAAAAGCAUCCCGGAUGCUGCGAUCGAUAAAAUGUUCAACAACAACACGGGCGAACGGUUGGUCGAGCCAAAAGAGGAGAUCAACCUCGAGCAUCUGUUUCCGGCACAUUCAAACAAACUGCGCAACUUGUUCUCUCCCCCAACCACACCGACCGAACAGAGAAAACCAAUUACUGCACCAGCAGCACCGGCAGCAGCGGUCGUAUCACCUCCAAACAAAACCACCACUCCCGUGCCCGUAGCAACAGCGGUAACAAAGGAGUCUACAAAUGCGAACUCGAAAGCAAAAGAGGGCAAAUCGGCAAGCACAGCUCAACCGGCGCAAUCAACGCAAAAUAAAAUAGAAAAGAAUAAGAUCAACCAAGGAAAUCAGGAUUCAAACGAAAAACGUCCCAAAAAGGUUGCUACUUUUGCUGCUGCUGCUGCACAACCACCAUCGAUGCGUCCCACAACCAUUCCUGGAGCUCCCAAGUCAAGCGCACAAUUUUACACCACAUGGAGUGGGCUGGACGAGGAUCUGCGAUAUCUGUACUUAAAGUCACUGAGUGGCAAGCCGAUGAACACACUGCUCGGUGCUAGCUUGUCUAGCGAAAUGCUUAGCGAACUGUUACACAUCCUACAUAAACGCUUCAUUCCUGACCGCGCAGAGGUGAGCCACGUGUUGAAGGAAAUCGUGCAGAAUGAAUCGAUAAACAUACUGUCGCUGAUGAUGAACAAAACGGAUCGAGACGCCGUGGCAGCAUUGCUCAAGUAUAUGGAAGCAAAUAAUAGUGCAACGAAGGAGGACUUGGACCGCAUCCGGCACAAACUGAUCUCAUGAAAUAGAACGUAAACGAUGCCACAGUAAAGCUAAUACCAGGUUCAAUGAAGGAUGUUCUUAUAUGGAAUUAUAAUGGAAAAUUGAAUUAAAUUCAACUGAAUUGAGAAAAAACACAAUAUCGUCGUCUAGUUUGCUAUCCUACCCGCAAGCUGGUGAGAGUAUGGCCUGCGUGCGUGUUCACCAAAAUCCAUUUCAAAUAUAUAACCACAUACAUCAUGUAAUUAGUUGGCAUUAAGGUUACUACUAUAGCAAAUAAAAUGAUUUUAAUGCUGAA